GUCCUGUUCCUGGUCAAAAAUAUAGUGAAAUAACCUUUCCUAUUCUUGCCCCAGACCCUGCUACUAAUAAAGAUGUUCACUUCUUAAAAUAUCCUAUUUACGUAGGUGGAAAUAGGGGAAGGGGUCAGAUUUAUCCUGAUGGUAGCAAAAGUAACAAUACAGUUUAUAAUGCUACGGCAGGAGGGAUAAUAAGCAAAAUUUUACGAAAAGAAAAAGGGGGAUACGAAAUAACCAUAGUGGAUGCAUCGAAUGAACGCCAA